AUGGACGAGCAGCUUGCCCAAACGGACGACGACGACGACGACAACAACGACGGCGGCGACGACGACGACGACGGCGGCGGCGACGACGACGACGGCGGCGACGGGGACGGGGAUGAAUAUCGGAUGACUAUUGACGGCAACGAGGCUCUGAUGCGAUCGCUGGCGGCGUCACUGGCGGCUAGCGAGGCGGCGCGGGCUGCGGUGUAUGAGACGGUGGACAAAGCGGAAGUGCCUUUGGCGGAGACUCGGCACGCUGAUGUGAUGUCGGAUGAGGCACUGGCGAGGGCUCUGCAGGAGGAGGAGGAGGAGGCAUUCCGGCGGGAGCAGGUGCGGCGGUCAAGGCGGCGAGCGCAGGAGGCACGCGAGGCAGCAGAGCGGGCGCUGGCGCGCGACGCGCUGGGCGGCGGCAGCAGCUCGGAAGAUUCCGACGUCGUCGAUGAUUGGAGGAGCGAGACGGCGGCCAUGUUGGCAUGGCAGCUGCGGCAGAUGGGGGGGGAGAUGCCGGACGACGACUUUGGUGAUGUGGAUGUGGCUGGAUGGCGGCGAAGGGCCGAUCCGCUGAGUAGGAUGCCCAACUCUCUGGGGCGGGCCGGUGAUCGGCUUGUCAUCACUCCACAGACGUUCAACCGCAUCCGCGGGCUCCGUGACGACGGCACGCCUGCGGUUGUGCUUCCGCCGGGCUUUGGCGGCGCCGGUGAGCUGUCGUACGAGGAGAUGAUGGAGCUUGAGGAGCGGAUGGGCCCAGCGGUUCCGCGAGGGGCAUCAGAUGCGGCCAUCGACGCGCUGCCGACCUUUGUCGUCGGCCAGAGUGCGCCGCCGACCAGCAGUGGUGACACCUUGACCUGCGUCGUCUGUCUCUCCGAGCUCGUGGCCGGGCAAGCAGCCAAAACGCUCCCAUGCCUCCACGUCUUCCACACGCAAUGCAUCGACGAGUGGCUCCGGCGCGUCUCCAACUGUCCAAUGUGCAAGUAUGACGUUCCCAAGUGAUCGACCGGCCGACCUGCGACCGACCUACGACCGAUCU